UGGGUUUUGGCUUCUCAACCAAACUCCGGUUCUGAUGACUGACAGAUAGUCACAGCCAGUAGGAAGUCAAAAUGUCCCGGAAGGGUCGGCCUUUGGGCGAACAGGGAAAAGGCAGCAAGAGUGGUUGUGCAGUGGGGGCCUCAGCCGGUUGAGUGGAAUUGUGGCGAUUGCAGGUCCCAGUACGCCGCAGUCAUGUCUAUUAUGUCCUAUAACGGAGGGGCCGUCAUGGCCAUGAAGGGGAAGAACUGUGUGGCCAUCGCUGCCGACAGGCGCUUCGGGAUCCAGGCCCAGAUGGUGACCACGGACUUCCAGAAGAUCUUUCCCAUGGGCGAUCGGCUGUACAUAGGCCUGGCCGGACUGGCCACCGAUGUCCAGACUGUUGCCCAGCGCCUCAAGUUCCGGCUGAACCUGUAUGAGCUGAAGGAAGGUCGGCAGAUCAAGCCUUACACCCUCAUGAGCAUGGUGGCCAACCUCUUGUAUGAGAAACGGUUUGGCCCCUACUACACAGAGCCAGUCAUCGCCGGGUUGGACCCGAAGACCUUCAAGCCCUUCAUCUGCUCCCUAGACCUCAUCGGCUGCCCCAUGGUGACUGACGACUUUGUGGUCAGCGGCACCUGCUCCGAACAAAUGUAUGGGAUGUGCGAGUCCCUCUGGGAGCCCAACAUGGAUCCAGAACACCUAUUUGAAACCAUCUCACAAGCCAUGCUGAAUGCCGUGGAUCGGGAUGCAGUGUCAGGCAUGGGAGUCAUUGUCCACGUCAUUGAGAAGGACAGGAUUACCACCAGGACACUGAAGGCCCGCAUGGACUAACCCUCUGUUCUCAGAGCCUACUUUUUUUUUUUUUUUUUUUAAAUAAAAUAGUUUUUUUCUUUCA